AAUUGUCUCUUUGUUUCUCUAGGAAGGAGCAGACCUCUGUUCAAACAUAGUGGUUCAAACAACGUAUCCGGUUAAACGUCACUGCAGGGAGGCAAGCACAGUGAAUGAUGGUAAAUACAUCGUGAAUUUGAGUCUCAGCUUGCCUUUGGUUCAAAACGCUUGUACUCUGUAGCCGAUUAGAGAACCAACAACACAGAUUAGAGGACUAACGGGUAAACCAAAGUAAAAUGUGGCAGUAUAUAAUGCUAUUUAGUCGCCAAGGUAAGGUACGGCUUCAAAAGUGGUACAAUGCUUAUGCACAAAAAGAUAAGAAGAAAAUCACUAGAGACCUCAUUUCAAUGAUACUAUCCAGAAAACCAAAGAUGUGUAGCUUCUUGGAAUACAAAGAUACUAAAGUUGUUUAUAAAAGAUAUGCAAGUCUCUACUUUGUGGUUGCAAUUGAGCCUGGAGAUAAUGAACUAAUCACCUUGGAAGUAAUUCAUCGAUAUGUUGAGCUGCUGGACAAAUACUUUGGAAAUGUUUGUGAGCUUGAUAUAAUUUUCAAUUUUGAAAAGGCCUUCUUUAUCCUUGAUGAGCUGGUCAUUGCAGGAGAAAUUCAGGAAACCAGCAAGAAACGAGUCAUAAAUGCUAUCCAAGCACAAGAUGCUCUUCAAGAAGAUGGAGAGAUCAAGCAGGCCCUUGAAGAAAUGGGUUUAAUGUAAAACUAUGAGAUGUUUUUAUCGCAAUGAAUGAAGAUUAUACUGAUGUGUUAUACGCAAAUACAAUUAGAGAUUAUUAGUGACAUUUAAGGAAGAAACCAAAAGAAGAGUGUUCAGUAGAUAUUCAACUAUUUCUCCGUUUAAAUUCUUUUUCUAGUGUAAAAGUUUGCAAUAUCUUAUCACUGUUUGCCUUUUGUAACAAAUCUAAGCGUCAGGGCAGGCCCCCUCACACACAUAUUGACUUUGAAAAUGAUAGCGAAUAUAUAUAGUAAUUAUUAAAGUUAGAGUUUUCACGUACGACUGUCUGACCCUUACAGAUAGAAAUUGUUUCUAAUAGCCACGUUAUUCAAACCAUAUUUCGAUUCAGCAACCUUACCAAGUAGCAAAACUUCCCUAAAAGAAGCCAAGUUUUCGUUGUAACGCUUUUAUGGAAGCAUAAUUUCUAUAAACGUAAUUUGUGUACUUUGUCAAAUAAUCACUUUUAUCUACAUUUCACUCAAAACAUUUUAAAACCGUCAUUUCCCCAUCGCUGAAUCACGCCUUUUGCAACUUCUACAAAACCUACUGGGUAUAUUUUCCAAUUAUGAAAGCUCCAUCCUUCCACGGCCCCAAAUAGCAUCGCAAAUGUUUGGAAAAGUGAAGUUUUCCUUUCAUCAUAUUCUGUUAUUUAUCUAAAGUUCUUAAAUGGUGACAAUACAGAAAUCGAUCUUUAGAAUUUUUGAAUUUUGAUCACAUAACAGAAAGGGUGACAUAAAAUACCUCUAGAUGUGCAAAAUCGGCUAAACGUGUUACAAAUUGGCUGAGAUGCGGCCAUAUGAGUACAGGUCUAAGUUGAUGAUUUUAUGAUUUAGGCAAAAAUAAUAGUAGUCUUUUAGCGAGCUUAAAAUCUCACUCACUUUUUACCAUAUUUAGCCUAUUUUACAUAUUUAGAGGUAUUUCGUAAUGCUCUUUAAAUAAAAUGUGGUCAAAGUAAAAAGUUCUGAAAAUAGAUUAUUAUUGACUUUAAAACUUCAGAACUUAGCAACGGUCUCAGUUAUGCAGCCAUGAAAUAAAGUCUUACUGCCAAUAUAUCCUAACGUCAGAACACUGUUUCUUGUCAAGUUAAUUUAUCUUACUUGGAAAAUUUUGAAUCCUAGCUAAUUUAUUUUCAGCUGAUUGAUCCAUGGUAAUUACAGAAUUUAUAGAAAAUUAGCAUGUAAUUAACUAAUAUAUUUGUUCUAGUGUUACCUUCUUGAUGUUAAUAUCGCAUUAAUUCCCAGUUGUGAUUUGGACAUGCUGUAAAACGGUAAAUUGAUUGCAGUUGUGUAGUCUA